AUGUCGCUUCCUAGCACUAAAUCUGUUGCCUUUUUCCUGCAGACCUCCUGGCGACCGUCCGUCAAGUCACGCUCGCCGACGCUGUCACGCUCUUUGCGGUCUUGUCGCGAGGAGAGCUUUCGCGGGCUCCGACUCGCUCGCCGAGUCCCUCGCCGUCCAGAUCGUCUUGGCGACCGACGGCCGUCGAUUGACGCCAUUGACGCCACUGACGCCAUUGACGACAAUGACGCCAUUGACGCCACUGACGCCAUUGACGACAAUGACGCCAUUGACGCCGCUGACGCCGUUGACGACACUGACGCCAUUGACGCCACUGACGCCAUUGACGACACUGACGCCAUUGACGCCACUGGCGCCAUUGACGACACUGACGCCACUGACGCCACUGACGCCAUUGACGCCACUGACGCCAUUGACGCCAUUGACGCCAUUGACGCCACUGACGCCAUUGACGCCACUGACGCCAUUGACGCCACUGACGCCACUGACGCCAUUGACGCCAUUGACGCCACUGACGCCAUUGACGCCACUGACGCCAUUGACACCACUGACGCCAUUGACGCCAUUGACGCCAUUGACGCCAUUGACGCCACUGACGCCAUUGACGCCAUUGACGCCAUUGACGCCACUGAUGCCACUGACGCCAUUGACGCUCGCCGAGUCCCUCGCCGUCCAGGUUAA